ACCUACAGCCUUGCUUUGGGUGUUGCAAACGAUGCAUGGCAAUUGCCAACCAGCCAGUUGUCUAUGGAGAUGGAGCUUGUUGUUUGUCAUUUGGACUUGCUCUGGAACAGUUGCCUGGCCCCAUCUCCCUUGCCUGCCUGCCUCUGCCUACAGCCCUCGUCCUAUCCUGGGCUUCUGGGAGGUAUUGCGAAGAGGCACAGGAUGCACCAGCCGGGGACUCUCCUCCACGGGUCAAGAAGUGCACGUCAUCAGCCUGCGCAGGGGGGGGCCUGCCAGUGCCCAGGUAACGCUUGCGGUGGCUCCAGAUCUUCUGAGCCAGGCCCCCAUCUUUGUAUUGCACUCCCAGGAGCCAGUGCAAUGGAUGCUGUCAUCUUCCCCUGGAAAAAAUUGGACCUUCCAGGUCUCUCUGGGCUCCAGUGUCUUGGCCCCUGAGCUGGUGGCAUCUGCAGAGACUGACUUCCCAGAUACUGCCAGGGGCCUGCUUAAGUGGGCACGUAGGAAGCACGGAGGGGUCACUUCAUUGGCUGAGUAUCAUGGAGUCAAUACAAUCUACACACGCCUAGGGGCUGAUGCGACUGCCCGGGCAACUUGCAAAUUGCGUAGGAAUUUCAUAACACCCAAGCACUUUGCCUCUGAAUGCCAACUGCAGCCACUGAGAACUUGCCAGAAUUCUGACCCUCCUCAAGACAUUGAAGUUCACAUCAUAUUUUCCAAAGAUGUUGCCCCCAGGCCCAGGCUGGCCCAUCUGACUGUGGAGCUUCACGCGGUUGGAAGAUCUCCACGCCAGGGGCUCCUCUUGAUCCUGAAGAGCGAAGGAGCUGCCCAAUGGAUGGUUCGUGUCCACCGUCUCACUGGCCAGCUGCAUGUACUGGCUUCACACAAAGUCCUAGUCAGUAGCCCAGAAAUGAAGCUGCCUCUCACUGUGACCCAGCAGACAUCUCCUGAACUGGCUUAUGCCAGAGACCCUUUACAAUACACAGCAGAGCAGAAGCUACCGGCAUUCACCUCUUACACCGAGGCUGACCGGGUGAACAGGUUUCUCCUGAUUGUUGGCCUGAACGGGGCCAUAACUGCUCCUCCAGAGAAUUGUGUACUCUUUGGGCCCAUGUUCUUGUCUCCUUUCAAACUUGCAGUUGAGGGACAGCACUUUCCAGAGGCUGUCGCAGUAGGUCGGGAAACGAAGCAGAAGGACAGUUCUGUUCUCUAUCCCCUGCCUGCAGCUGAAAUGGAGAAAGUUGAAUCUGCUUUAUGCUAUGGGGUCCAAAAGCCCAUUCAUGAAAAGAAGGAUAUGCAGAAAACAUUUUCCUCAGAAGCCAUAAAGUUACAGGACCUCCCCUUUCACCAUGAUGAUGUCUUGCUCAGCCUAGAAGUGUACAGCUCUGAGGCUUUUGUCAAGCAACCAGGACUCUGUACUGUCUCUGCCAACAGCCGGGUGUUUGUGGAGGCAUCUUUGGCCACAUAUAACUUCUGCCUUGGCUUCACCAUCCAGCAAUGCUUCCUCUCUCCCUCUUCGGACCCUUCAGUGAUAUCUCCAUACCUGCUCAUCCAGCAUGGCUGUGCAGCCGAUGCCCAUGUUACUCUGUUAGAACCUGAACAGGCAGCUCAGGGCCAGACAUUGCCCCCAGGAUACCAGCAACGCCAACGACUAAGUUUUGUGCUCCAGCCUCGCUCCAAUGACUCCAUUCAUUUCUUGCAUUGCCGCCUGACACUCUGCAGCAGGGAACCACAUGACCCCAACAAACCUAGUAGUUCAAUUCCUAAGUGCCAGUUUGAGAACAAGGCCUGCAAGAGAGAAGAGCUGGCCAGUGGGCACUUCCAGCGUACCAUCACAAAGCCCAUCGUAGUGACCAUGGAAACUCCAUUCAGAGCUGCUUCUCCUGGUCUGAGGCCAGAUCAUUUCCUGGCUAAUCAGCAAGGAAAAUCAAUGAAGGAUGCAAUGAACUUGAGGAAGGCACAGCAAGUUCUGACUGCUGCUCCACCCGUUCUGGCACUCCCAGCUGUCAUUGGCAUAGCCUUUUCAGCAUUCAUCAUUGGCAUCUCCCUCACUGGUGGCCUCUGGUUCAUUCAUUCUCAGACAGCUCCUGAAGAAACAGGUGUCUCCACUUCUCUGAAUAUUUCCUCAGCUUUGAAUGUAGCCAGCCCUGCACAUGGUUCCCUGCCCUAGAAGCCUCUCUUGAAACACAGAUUCUGGGAUGACUUUUCAAGCUUCAAGCUUUGAUCAAGCUUCUAUAAACCUACUAGUAUUCUCCCAUAUCAGAUACAUUUAUGAAGAUUUCAGCUAUAGUGCACUAUAGUGCCCUAUUAACAACUGGAGGCUUCAAGAUCUUCUUACACUACCUGACUUGGUGCUUGAAGCUUUAGCGUCAAUAAGUAAAUUAGCAGUAGGAAGGCUUUUCAUUAUGGAACAGAGUGGAAGACUAGAAAGCUGUGUUGCUUCAUUAGAGUAUGGCUCCUCUCUCUUACUGGGGCAUCAACAAAAGGAACUCUCCUGCUUCAGUCUGUGCUAAAAUACGUACAUUCCUCUACUGUGUCAGAUAUGCUGCUGUUCUUAUACUUGGGGAAGUCGUCAAUUAAACACUUUGGGAGAAAAGAAAGAUCAGGGAAUGUUUAAUAUUCCCACUGAGUGUUGUCUGGCUGUGUUUUCCUAUCCAAUAGUGCUAAUACUGUGUAUCAGCUGUGUUCACAUGACAUGCCCUAUCCAACAAAUAAACUAUUUUAGAUUUUAAUGUAAUGAUCCAGUAACCCAAGUGUACUAAGAAAAGGCUGAAUUUCCACAACGUGUUA